AUGGCGGAGAAUGGGGCGGCGGGCGGAGGAGGGGGGCAGAACCUUGCCGUGCUCGACGCGCUGGACUCGGCGCGCACCCAGAUGUACCACAUGAAGGCCAUCGUGAUCGCCGGCAUGGGCUUCUUCACCGACGCCUACGACCUCUUCUGCAUCACCACCGUCUCCAAGCUGCUGGGCCGCCUCUACUACCCGGACACCAACCUCGGCAAAAACCCGCCCAUGCCCGGCACCAUGCCCGUGCGGAUCAACAACAUGGUCACCGGCGUCGCGCUCGUCGGCACCCUCAUGGGCCAGCUCGUCUUCGGCUACUUCGGGGACAAGCUCGGCCGCAAGCGCGUCUACGGGAUCACGCUCGUCCUCAUGGCCGCGUGCGCCAUCGGCUCCGGCCUCUCCUUCGGGAGGGACCCCGGCGCCGUCAUCGGCACGCUCUGCUUCUUCCGCUUCUGGCUCGGCUUCGGCAUCGGCGGGGACUACCCGCUAUCCGCCACCAUCAUGUCCGAGUAUGCCAACAAGAAGACCCGUGGCGCCUUCAUCGCCGCCGUGUUCGCCAUGCAGGGCGUCGGCAUCAUCUUCGCGGGGCUCGUCUCCAUGAUCGUCUCCGGCAUUUUCCUCCACUACAACCCCGCGCCCACGUGGAAAGAGGACAAAUACUACUCAGUUCAAGAUCAGAAGCCCGCGGCGGACUACAUGUGGCGCAUCGUGCUCAUGCUCGGGGCGUUCCCGGCGGUGGCCACCUUCUACUGGCGGAUGAAGAUGCCCGAGACCGCCAGGUACACGGCCCUCAUAGAGGGAAACGCCAAGCAGGCUACCAACGACAUGCAGAAAGUGUUGGAGAUUCGCAUCGACGAGGAGCAGGAGAAGGUCGCCAAGUUCAGGGCGGCGAAUGAAUACUCUCUGUUGUCCAUGGAGUUCGCCCGGCGUCACGGCUUGCACCUCAUCGGCACCACAACCACCUGGUUCCUCCUCGACAUCGCCUUCUACAGCCAGAACCUGACACAGAAGGACAUCUUCCCAGCCAUCAAACUCACCGGCGGCGCAGACACCAUGAACGCCCUGAGAGAGGUGUUCGUGAUAUCACGAGCCAUGUUCCUCAUCGCCCUCUUCGGCACUUUCCCUGGCUACUGGGUCACCGUGGCCCUCAUCGACAAGAUGGGAAGGUACUUGAUCCAGCUCCUUGGUUUCUUCAUGAUGUCCCUCUUCAUGCUAGUGAUGGGCAUCAAAUACGAAUACCUCAAGAGCAACGGCCACGCCCUCUUCGCCAUCCUCUACGCGCUCACAUUCUUCUUCGCAAACUUCGGACCAAACAGCACCACCUUCGUGCUGCCGGCCGAGCUAUUCCCGACGCGCGUCCGCUCCACAUGCCAUGCCAUCAGCGCGGCCUCGGGCAAGGCGGGCGCCAUCGUCGCCGCCUUCGGGGUGCAGACCCUCACCCUCAAGGGCGACCCCAAGCACAUGAAGCAGGCGCUCAUCAUCCUCUCUGUCACCAACAUGCUCGGCUUCUUCUUCACCUUCCUCGUCCCCGAGACGAUGGGCCGGUCGCUCGAAGAGAUCUCCGGCGAGGACGGCAACGUCGCUGGCGCGGCCGCUGGGCAUGUCGAUAAGGAUGUUGAAAAGGCCCCUCCUUCAAGCACCGAAUGGCAGCCGCCAUCGUCGAUGAAUGCAUGA